UAAUUCUUUUCUUCCAAACCGUUGGAGCUGCCAGAAAGAAGAGAUGAAGCAAUGUCUUCUACUACAGACUCUUCUCCCUCUCUCACCUUCUUCUCUCUCCUUCCCUCUCUCCCCUUCCACUCUCAUUUCAAUACCCAAACCUCUUCGAAUCUCUGCAUCUCUGGAUCACCGCAUCGAUGGCGGCAGCGAGCAGCUAACAGCAAAGGAGAGGCGGCAGCUGAGGAAUGAGAGGAGAGAAAGCAAUGCCGGUUAUAGCUGGCGAGAAGAAGUCGAGCAGCGCCUCCUCAAAAAGCCCAAGAAGAAGUAUACUUCUUGGACCGAAGAGCUCAACCUCGACAACCUCUCUCUGCUGGGCCCGCAAUGGUGGGUCGUACGUGUCUCGCGGGUGUCCGCUCAGUCGACAACAGAGCAGCUGGCUCGGUCGCUCGUCAGAAGUUUUCCUGACAUGGAGUUCAAGGUUUAUCUUCCAUCCGUCCAUGAGAAGAGGAAACUUAAGAACGGUUCAUACUCAGUUAAAUCCAAGCCUCUAUUUCCUGGCUGUGUCUUUCUACGCUGUGUACUAAACAAGGAGAUCCACGACUUCAUUAGAGAAUGCAAUGGAGUGGGUGGCUUUCUUGGAUCAAAAGUCGGAAACACCAAACGGCAGAUCAACAGACCCAAACCCGUCUCAGUUGAUGACAUGGAAGCAAUCUUCCAACAAGCUAAAGAAGAACAAGAAAGAACGGACCGUGCAUUUGAGGAAGAGCAGCGGGCAGAAGAAAUCCUCGGUGGUGGUGAGCUGAGCAUUGAAUCAGAUACCCAACCAGUUACAAAAUCCACAAAGGAUGCUAAGCCGAAAAGGCGGUUGAAGAAAGGUUUGGAGCCUUCUGAAAGUAGCUCAAUGACGGGGAAGGAUCACAAGUCCCUUGUCCCGGGUUGCAGUGUUAAAGUCACGUCUGGUCCUUUUGCGGACUUCACAGGCCGUCUCAAGGAGUGGGAUCGCAAGACCGGAACGGCGACCGUUGGAUUCGUGUUGUUCGGGAAAGAGAGCUUAGUGGAAUUAGACGUUAACCAGAUUGUUCCAAAGUCAACAUGAUCAAUUGGAGUUUUCACUGUUAAUUGUUGUAAAUUAUUAAGGCGUGUUUGGAUGCCACCCAUUAAAAAAAAUAAUAAUAAUCAUUGAAUCUGCAGCAGA